GAAGGAGAUAGACUACCUGUAUAACGGACACGGCCUCAACAUGAUGAUCCCGGAGUUCUGGGAGAAACUUGUAGACUUUCUCCCGCCAGGAGAACGUAGAUCUGUCCUGGACGCCUACUACCGGCGAUUGACCUCCAACGACCCGGAAGUGGAAAGGGAGGCGGCGCGGCGUUGGUGCAGGUACGAGAUAGCCUCCAGCAGCCUGCUGUGGACGGAAGAAGUGGUCGGUCUCGGGGACAAGGACCCGGACCUGGCCUACCAGUUUGCGCGCUUGGACAGUCACUACGCUGCGAAUGGCUGCUUCUUAAAAUGGGACACCCAACUUUUGGACGACGUGGAGAAGAUACGUCACAUUCCAGCCACGAUAGUGCAGGGACGCUACGACAUCAACUGCCCGCCAGGAUCUGCCUGGGAUCUCCAUAAGAGAUGGCCGGAAGCAGAACUGACCAUUGCCCCAGCAGACGGCCACAGUGAGGUGGAGCCUGGUAUCAGGACUCGUCUGCUGGACGCUACAGACAAAUACAAAAAAUUACUGGCGCAAGGACAACAGAAAACUAUAAUGCUGUAGGUGUGGGCAUUGCUUGAAGAUUGGGAAACGAAACCAAACGAGUCUAGAGUCUUUCUGGUUUUUGUAUAUUAUUCUUUUUUAAAUAUUUUUAAAGUAUGCUUUUAGCUCGCUUGUAAAAUUUUGUUCCAUUUAAGAUAAAAUUAAUACAAAGGUUACAGUGGCAAAGCUGUAAAAUAGACAAGAUAUAAUGAGGUAAGUGUGCCUUGGAGAGUAAGUAUGAAAUAAUAAAAGGCUUGGUAUACUUAAAGAAUAUAUAUGGCAUCAAUUGAAAAUCUACAAAUUUGACCCUAGUGUCGGGUUUUGGCUAAUACCUCCAUUUGUGGAUCGUGAGAAGUAACUCAUUUUGUCAGCACGCCUCACAAAUAUCAGCAAAACAAACUGAGACUGGAGUUUGUUGGGGGGGGGGGUAUAUUAUUUUGAUUUUUUGAAAGGUAUGAGUUUAGUUUGUUAAGUUGUGCUUCAUUUGGUUACAGAUAAUUGUAAAACGUUAUAGGCACAGGGACACUGGAGACCUAAUGCUGUAGGCGUGGGCGUGGUUUGUAGAGUGGAAACCAAAGUGAGACUAGAGCCUUGCUGGUUUUUGUAUAUCCUCCUUUUUGUAAAGGACGUUUUUAGCUCGUUUGUUAAUAAUUUUGUUCCGUUUCCUUACGGAUAGAUAUUAUGAAAAUAUGACCUGCACGAGAAUAAUAGUAAACUGUUUCAGUAGGUAUGGGUGAUUUCUCGACAGCGAGAAAAAAAAUAAACAUUCAUAAUAUGUA